AUGGCUCUGAUAUCUCUCGUCUCCACUCCAAAUCGCCAGCGCUUCACUGCCAUCUCCCUCGUCCUUUUGAUCGCCCUCUUCCUCUCCUACAACUUUGCGCCCUCCCCCCGCCGCCAGCUCGGCUUGCCCCCCGAGGCCGACCUAUCUCUCGACGACCAAGAAUACAAUCUGAAAGAAGGCGCCGCCAAUGCCACACCCAAGAGAGUCGCGAUUGUGGGUGCGGGGGCGAGCGGCAGCUCUGCAGCCUUCUUCAUGCGUCGGGCUGCUCGUGUAGCGGAACGCCGAGCCAAUCUGCCAGAGGGAAGCCUGCUUGGGGACAUUAUCGUAUAUGAACAGGGAGGGUACAUUGGAGGGAGGACUACCACAGUGUACCCUCAUGGGGACCAGAGAGCACGCCCUCAAGAAUUGGGAGCGAGCAUCUUUGUAGAGGCCAACCAGAAUCUGAUGAAAGCGGCCAAGGUAUUUAACUUGACUCUAGUCGACCCCGACUUUGGCGAAUCUGGAGUGGGCAUCUGGGAUGGGCAGCAGUUCCUCUUCCAGUCAUCAUCAUCCGACUGGCUCACCUCUGCUCGCGCCAUCUGGCGCUACGGCCCUAUGGCGCCCCUCCGCACUCGUCGUGCCGUCGACAAGCUCUUGCUCAAAUUCAAGCAGCUCUACAACCCGGCCUGGCUGCGAGAGAGAGGGCCGGUGGGUAGUGUUGAUGAGUUUGCCGAGAGGGUUGGCCUGGGAGCAGAGUUGACAUCGAGGAGCGGAGAGAGCUGGGCCAAGGAGGUCUUGGGGGUUGGAGAAAAGUGGAUUGGAGAAGUGUGGGAAGGAAGCACGAGAGUGAAUUACGCUAUGAACAUUGACAAGAUCCAGGCUCUCGCUGCCGGAGUGUCUAUGGCCACGAAUGGGGCUUCUCAAAUAGAAGGCGGCAACUGGCAGAUCUUCCGCUCCAUGGUCGAUGAUGCGAAUGUCGACCUUCACUUGGCCAACACCGUCAAUGACAUUGUGCCGUUUAACAAGGAUGGCAAGAGAAAGCUGGUGGUCAAGAGCAAUGCCACACAGGAUGAGGAGGUAGACUCUGUCUUCUGGGCCGCCCCUUGGAAGAGUGAUUCAAUCAUGGGCGUCCUUACGCCCUAUGUUCGUCUGCAUGUCACGUACAUCACCACCACCAAACCCCAUCCUGCUCCUUCCUUCUUUGGUCUCCCGGAAGGCACCGUCAUCCCGUCCACCAUCCUCACUUCCGCCCACCCCCCUGCUCGCGGGUCUCUCAAAUCCUCCCCUCUCCCUCCUCCGAGGUUCCAGUCCAUCACAUGGCACGGCCCUAUCUUCCCUGGCUCUCCUGAAUAUGCCGUCAAGAUAUUUUCCCUCACCAGACUCACAGACAGGUUCUUGACGGAGAUGUUGGGGGAGGAGCCGGGGUGGCUGCUGCGAAAGGAGUGGGAUAGCUAUCCGAAGAUGGUACCCGUGUCGGGGUACCCGGCGGUGGAAUUGACGGAGGGGGUGCAGUAUCUCGGGGGCAUGGAGCGAUGGGUUUCUACAAUGGAGACUCAGACGAUAUCGGCAAGAGAGGCAGUCGCGAGGGUCGUAUACCAAUGGUGGGGCCUCGGUCUCGGAGAGUGUGAGAAUGGCGACAGUUGGGAUUGGACGUGUUGA